AUGGCUCCCGUCACGAAGCAAUAUGACUAUAUCGUCAUCGGAGGUGGAUCCGGCGGAAGUGGUGCUGCCAGAAGAGCAAGCGGAUGGUACGGUGCAAAGACAUGUAUCAUCGAUGCAGGCGUCUCGGGAGGCUGCUGUGUGAAUGUCGGCUGCGUUCCUAAGAAAAUGACCUGGAACUUUGCGUCCAUCAGCGAAGCCAUGGCAGCAGGCAAGCACUACGGCUACAAAUUUGGCGACGGCAACUCGUUCGAUUUCAAGACCUUCGUCGAGAAGCGUGACGCUAGAAUAAAAGUCCUCAACGGCGCCUAUGAGACUAACUGGUCCAAAGAAGGCAUUGAUCUGAUCAAGGGUCAAGCAAAAUUUAUCAGCGAGCAUGAGAUGGAAGUCACACCCAAAGAUGGAGGUGAUGCAUUCAGAGUCACGGCGCCGCAUAUUUGUAUUGCAACUGGGUCAUUUCCGACAAAACCCGAAGGCAUCAAGGGCUCAGAGUACGGCAUUACGUCCGACGAGUUCUUCCUGAUCAAACAUCUUCCCAAGAAGAUGGUUUUUGUCGGCGCAGGAUACAUCGCAGUCGAGCUUGCAGGUGUGAUGAACGCCAUCGGCGUUGAAACACACCUGUUCAUCCGUGGCAAUACCUUUCUGAGAAAAUUCGAUCCAAUGGUUCAGGAGACCAUGACCAACCAUUACGAGGAGAUUGGCGUUCACGUACAUCGAAACCACCCGGGUAUUAAGGAAGUUAUACAACUGAAACCUGGUAGUGAAGACGGUUCCGAUCCGCGAGAGAAGCACCUCAAGUUAAUAAUGAACGAUGGCUCUGAGAUGGAGACCAACGAACUAUUAUGGGCAAUUGGCCGAGGUCCGGAAACAAGGGGAUUGGGACUGGAGAAAAUCCCAGUGAAGACGAGCAAGCACGGCCACAUUGUGGUGGAUAAGUAUCAGAACACAUCCGUCGAGGGAAUUUAUGCUCUCGGGGACGUUACAGGACAGGCUGAACUCACACCCGUCGCCAUCGCUGCUGGUCGCCAGCUAGGUAAUCGCCUUUUCGGACCCCCCGAGCUCAAAGAUUCGCACCUCCAAUACGACCGUAUCCCCUCUGUGGUUUUCUCACACCCUGAAGUCGGUGCCACCGGGCUCACCGAACCUCAAGCAAUCGAGAAGUAUGGCAAGGAGAAUGUCAAAGUGUAUCAUACGAAGUUUUCGGCGAUGUUUUACGACGUAUAUCCGCCAGAAGAGAAAAAGAAAGAACCCACAGAGUUCAAGAUCGUGUGUCAAGGCCCACGCGAGGAAAUUGUGGGACUGCAUAUUCUGGGACGCGGAGUUGAUGAGAUGAUGCAAGGCUUUGGUGUCGCUGUCAAAAUGGGCGCGACGAAGAAAGACUUCGAUAGCUGUGUUGCUAUCCAUCCGACCAGCGCAGAGGAACUGGUGACCAUGCGGUAG